AUGGGGGAAUGGACCAUCCUCGAACGCCUCCUAGAGGCUGCCGUUCAACAGCACUCUACUAUGAUUGGGAGGAUUCUACUGACGGUGGUCGUGAUCUUCCGGAUCCUUAUUGUAGCCAUUGUGGGUGAGACGGUGUAUGAGGACGAGCAGACAAUGUUCAUAUGUAACACACUUCAGCCUGGCUGCAACCAGGCCUGCUACGACAAGGCCUUCCCCAUCUCGCACAUCCGCUACUGGGUCUUUCAGAUCAUCCUGGUGUGCACGCCGAGUCUGUGCUUCAUCACCUACUCCGUGCACCAGUCAGCCAAACAACGUGAUCGCCGCUAUUCCUUCCUCUACCCAAUGCUGGAAAAGGACUACAACCGUGAAGGCACCCGUAAAGUGCGCAAUGUCAACGGCAUCUUGGUGCAGCACCCAGACAGCAGCGGUGGCAAAGAUGAGCCCGACUGCCUCGAGGUCAAAGAGAUCCCUAAUGUAGCACGUGGUCUCACCCACAGCAAGAGCUCCAAAGUACGUCGGCAAGAAGGUAUCUCUCGUUUCUACGUCAUCCAGGUCGUGUUCCGUAAUGCCUUGGAGAUCGGCUUCUUGGCAGGCCAGUACUUCUUGUAUGGCUUCAGCGUACCAGGCAUCUUUGAGUGUGAUCGCUAUCCAUGCCUAAAAGAAGUGGAGUGCUAUGUGUCACGGCCCACCGAGAAGACAGUCUUUCUGGUGUUUAUGUUCGCCGUGAGCGGUAUCUGUGUGGUACUCAACCUGGCCGAGCUCAACCACCUGGGCUGGAGGAAGAUCAAGAUGGCCAUCCGGGGUGUCCAGGCACGCCGCAAGUCUAUCUGCGAGAUCCGUAAAAAGGACAUGGCGCACCUGUCACAGCCUUCCAACCUGGGCAGGACCCAGUCCAGCGAAUCAGCUUAUGUUUGA